CACUUAUUAUAUAAACGAAUAUACAAAAGAAAUAAUCAGAAAUUAAGUAUUUUUCUUUAUUUUAAGAGGGUUUUCUCAUUACAAAGCUCAUGGUUUUGGGUUCAAGAUACUAAACCAAGAAUAAAUCAAUAACUGGUGUCUGAGAAGUUAGCGUCUAAUUAUGUCCUACAUGAUGACUUCAUUGGGGCGUAUUUGUCUCAAGGAUGCCACAUGCCAAAUCUCUCUAUAGACUAUGUAGGGACUGGAAGUUGUGUACCUAAAGAACCAUAAGUCUCUAUCACUGAUCAAGUCUUAGCUUCUUCGUAAUGAUAUCAAAAAGACAGGACCACAUGACACUGUUAUAUUAUAUACAAGCCAAAAUCACAAAAUGUCUUCAAAAAAUUUAUGUGGCAGGAAUUGAAAAUUUGACUAGUUAUAAUGUCUAUCUAACUAACAAGUGGUCAUGUUGAUUUGUGUCUUCACAUCAGAAAUCAUGAAUCUGAUCACCAGCGGUCCCUUAGGUAUGAUGCAGUGGUCCGGCAAAGCCAUGUGCUUGUUGGUGUUAAUCUAUGAGUUGAAACUUCUCUAAUCCAAUAAAAGGUUAUCUUCUCAUAAUGCUCUUAUCUAUAUAUAUACUUAUCACUGGGUCCUCUAAACUCAACAAGUUCUCACGUUCUGCAGUAAAGCAUUAAGACUUUCAAUACAAAGAAACAAAGACAAUCCAUGGCGAUCAGGGUUCCUCGCAUGCUACAAUCAUCAAAGCAGAUUCUACGUCAAACAAAACUGUUUUCAUCUUCCUCCUCCUCUAGCUAUCUUGAAGUUCCAAAAGGCUACUUAGCGGUUUACGUAGGAGAAAGAAAGAUGAAGAGAUUUGUAGUUCCCAUCUCGUACUUGAACCAACCUUCAUUUCAAGAUCUCCUAAGAAGGGCAGAGGAAGAAUUUGGAUUUGAUCAUCCAAUGGGGGGCCUCACUAUUCCUUGCAGUGAAGAAACCUUUAUCAAUCUUGCUUCUCGCCUCAACUGAUCAAGACUCACUCAAAUAACCUUUUCACAAUGAUUUUGUACAUUUCUUUCAGAUAUUAGUUUUCUUCAAGAGAUGAGAUGACAUCUCUCCUUGAAAGUGAAACAGAGACAGUGUAACACUCUUUUUCCUCACUUAAAAAAAGAAGAACUAUCUGAAACCAUUGUACUGUGUGUGAAAAAGGUAGGCCUUGAAGGUUCUGAAAGAGCAAGAGUAUGUCCAUCUAACAUCAGAAGAACCGAAGCCAUGCUUGGCCUCUCUGAAACUUUAUCUUGGACACAAAGAAGACCAAUGUUUAUGCAUCUCAGGAUCAUGUUCGAUGAAUGACUUGACAUUGUCAUCAAAACCUUGUCCACAAGAUUCAAGGCAAUACCUUCCUUCCAAUUUUUCCAUGCCUAAACCAAAAUUAUUAGUAACCCAAGGUUGUUAAUGAAACAAUAUGUGAUCAUAGUUCUUUUGUUUUUUUUUUUCCAAUAUAAUAAAAAAAAAAUACUUACGAAGGUAA